UCAUGAGCGGAAGUCUCCGGGAUUUUUUUUUUUGUCCAUCCAUAACAACCCGACGCCAAUUCAACCAGAACGAAGGCGAAGUGCGUACCGUCAGCAUCAACCAACCCCUCGGUGCACACCCAUCCUUCGGUCCGCGUCUAUCCCGCCACCGCACACCCUGCUUGUAGGUUCUUACACCGCGACACGCACCCCCGUAAGGUCAGCUUGUCCAGCCCCGACCACACAUGCCUUAUUCCCGACAGACCUAUCGCGGGAGGAUACGUGCUAAAUCGGAUCGCGCAGCGGAGGAAUUCGUGUUUUUCGGAGCGCAGUUUGAUCGGCUAGACGCGCGCCGCUGACCGGGGUAUCUGUGUUAACAUCGGUCGCGUCGGGUCGGUGGGAGCCUGUAGUCUGCACCACAUAGGAAGGGAUUAAGUUACUGCUGGUGGUUGCGACAUUGGAUUAUUUGAUUUGGCCUUCCCCUGUGCACAGCCACACAUUCCUCCUCGUCCUCUCUCUCUUUUUUUCUCUGAACAGAGAUAAGCUACUUUCAAUCAAGCCAUGUCGUUCCGAAGGGGCGUGGUCAGGCAGAGCAAGUUCCGCCAUGUGUUCGCCCAGGCCUGGAAGGCGGAGCACUGCAUCGACGACGUGCGCGUGUCGCGCGUCACCUGGGACAGCCCGCUCUGCGCCGUCAACCCCAAGUUCAUCGCCGUCAUCGUGGAGUCGGGCGGGGGCGGGGCCUUCCUGGUGGUGCCCAUCACCAAGAGCGGAAGGAUCGACCAGACCUGCUCCACGGUGUGUGGUCACCUAGCGCCCGUGUUGGACAUCCAGUGGUGUCCCCAUGACGACAACAUCAUCGCAAGUGCCUCGGAGGACAACACCGUGAAGGUGUGGCAGAUCCCCGACGGGGGCCUCGUGGGGCCCAUGACGGAGCCCUUGGUGACCCUGGAGGGCCACAGCAAGAGGGUGGGGAUCCUCGCCUGGCACCCCACGGCCUUCAACAUCCUGCUCAGCGCAGGCUGUGACAACGUGAUGUGUGUGUGGGACGUUGGCACCGGCGAACUGGUGUAUCAGCUGAGCGACGCCCACCCCGACCUGAUCUACAGCGCGUGCUGGAACCGUGACGGCAGCGCCGUCUGCACCGUGUCCAAGGACAAGGCCCUGAGGGUCAUCGACCCACGCCGCGGGACCGUACUCAAGGUGAGGGAGAAGGUCCACGACGGCACGCGGCCAAUGAGAGCCGUCUUCCUGUCAGACGGAAAGAUCCUGACCACCGGGUUCAGCCGCAUGAGUGAGAGACAGAUGGCCUUGUGGGAUACGAAAGAUCUCACCGAGCCGAUGGCAAUGCAGGAGAUGGACACCAGUAAUGGCGUGCUGUUGCCUUUCUACGACCCGGACACCAACAUGGUCUACCUAUGUGGGAAGGGCGACUGCACCAUCCGCUACUUCGAGGUGACGGACGAGUCCCCCUACGUCCACUUCCUGAACCUGUACAGCAGCAAGGAGCCCCAGCGGGGGGCCGGCUACGUCAGCAAGAGAGGCCUGGAUGUCAACAAGUGUGAGAUCGCCAGGUUCUACAAGGUCCACGAAAGAAAGAUCGAACCCAUCUCCAUGACCGUGCCACGCAAAUCGGACCUGUUCCAGGGGGACCUGUACCCGGACACGGCGGGCCUGGAGCCCUCCCUGCUGGCCGAGGAGUGGAUCGCGGGCCAGGACGCCCCGCCCCUGCUGGUGUCCCUGAGCGGGGGCUACGCCGUGCCCCCCUCCAAGCACCGGGACACCAUGAGGGGUCGGCCCAAGCUGGCGUCCCAGGACUCCGGGGCCGGGGCCCCCGCCGCCGCCGCCCCCACCGCCACGCCCACGGCCCCCGCCGUCGCCAGGGAGACGGAAGGGGAGACCCGGGGCAACGCCGCCGACGGGACGGCGGACCGGCUGAAGAAAGAGGACGACGUGCUGAACGAGAUCCUGGCGGAGAUGAAGGCUCUGCGCACGGUGGUGCUCGCCCAGUCCCAGCGCAUAGAGAUUCUGGAGAGGCAGCUGGCCCGCAUCGAGGACGGAGACGUAUGAACCUCCCCCCCCCGGUGCCACCCCGACCCAUGACCCCCGCCCAAGACGCCGCCACCGCCGCCGCUAGGAGCUAGCGCUUAUGCUACGAGCACGAGGUGUUCAAAAAUAAACAAAACUAACAAAACAAAAAAAAAAACAUAAAUAGACCAUAGCCUUACUAGAAGACACUGAACCCUUUAAGGCUGUGUGUUUUGUGUGGAAGUGUAGGCCAGUGAACAUACGUUGUGUGUUGUUUUUUAUUGGAGGCAGUAGGGUUAGGGAGAGUUUAAAAAAAGAAAUACGAAAGCGUUAACGAAUGCUUUUCAAGGUUGGUGGGUUUAUUGUGUCCUUUUUUUUUUUUUAUGCAUCGAGUUAGAUUUGAUACAAUUUGUCCUUGCUAAUUAAGGGCUUUGGGGGGAAUCCCCGUACGUCUCAAAUGGCACGCAUGCGCGUGUCAUCGGUGGGUUGUCUAAUUGAUUAAUUUGCAGCCCCCAAUUAGAGUUUAGCGAUGUAUAAUCAAGUAGCGAACGCUGCUCAGCGCUUCUGUUGUCAUUAGCAGACCUGACCACUUGGACCCUCAUCGUAGCCUACAUUCCUGCAUUGUGCUUCUACCGUUUCCAUUCCAGAUAUCCAAAAGUUCCUGUUUAGCAAAAAAAAUAGCAAAAUAUACUUCAAUCAUCUGUGAUACUUUUCUUUCUUGUUGUUGCACUAACUGAAGUUGCGUAACUACUACUACUGCAUUUUUGUGUGUGUGGUAGUGGUGGUGUUGGUGUGUCUUUUGGAGUGAUGAUGCGAUUUUUUUGAAGUUGAUUAAAAGAAAGGGUCCAGAAGUUUGAAACGCUACAAGGAAGGUUGUUUUUGCCUGUUGCAACGAGUGCUAACAUUGACUUAAUGUGUUGUUGUUGGCUAGAAACCUUCGAAUCACUCGUGAUUUCUGACUCACAUGUGGGUCAAGUAGCAGAUAUUAAAUACAGUUACACAUUUGAAAGAAUAUAGGCCUUUAUCUGAGGUGGAAUAGUAGGGUCCGUAAACUUAAUUAAGUUAAUUAUGGUGUGUAGACAUUCCAGUGCCUAUAAUUAACGUCGCUCCAUACUGUUUCACCUCUGUGAUAAAGGACUUCUUUCAGCGUUACUUUGUUUCUUCUUUUUUUAUAACCAAGUUCAGUGCUUCCGAGGUACAGGGAAAAAAAAGGAAGCCCAAAAAUAAACGUGAGACUUUUAGGUCAGCGAAAUUUGUUUUUUAGUCUUAUGCAAAUAUUAAGGGAACAAUCGCAAAUCGGUUGUUUGUGUUUGACUUGGACUUUUUUUGCAUCAAGGUUGUACGUUCCUCAGCAGUUGAAAUCGAAGGAUGAAACGAUUUCCUAGCUAAAUUAUAUUUCUUUAUGCACUGAUUGUACAACAAUUGUAUUUAGUGUAGCGUUUCCAACAAGUAGGGUAUUUAAAUGAAACUGCACUGUGCAAAACUAAUAAACAUUCAUGACCCUUU